UGAUUUAGCCGUUGGGUCGAUGACAAUAACAUAUGCGCGUGAAAGUGUAAUAGAUUUUACUAAACCAUUUAUGAACCUGGGCAUAAGUAUUUUAUUCAAGGGACCAUCAACUCCGGCUUCUCGCUUGUUUUCAUUCAUGAAUCCACUGGCUUAUGACGUGUGGCUCUAUGUUUUGGCUGCAUAUUUCUUGGUAUCAUUUACAAUCUACGUCGUAGCAAAGUUCUCGCCAAUCGAGUAUCAUGACAAUUAUCCAUGCGAUAUAAGGAAUCCUGCCAUAACUAAUCAGUUUUCAUUAGCUAACAGUUUCUGGUUUACAAUCGGAACAUUAAUGCAGCAAGGCUCUGACAUAAAUCCAAAAUCGAUCUCAACUCGCAUUGUCAGCGCUAUAUGGUGGUUCUUCACGCUAAUUAUCAUUGCUUCGUACACAGCUAACUUGGCGGCUUUCUUGACAGUUGAACGCAUGAUUACGCCCAUUGAAAAUGCCGAGGACUUGGCUAGCCAAACAGAGAUAUCUUACGGUACCCUUGAAAGUGGCUCCACAAUGACAUUUUUUCGCGACUCAAUCAUUGAGACGUAUCGAAAAAUGUGGCGCAACAUGGAGAAUAAGAAAGCUACUGCUUUCACUUCCACUUACGAAGAGGGUAUAAGGCGUGUAAAUAAAGGUAAUUACGCGUUUCUCAUGGAAUCCACUAUGCUUGACUAUAUAGUGCAGCGAGAUUGUAAUUUGACACAGAUCGGAGGCCUCCUAGAUACCAAAGGUUAUGGUAUCGCUACACCAAAAGGAUCACCAUGGCGGGACAAAAUUUCCCUGUCUAUACUAAAACUUCAAGAGAAGGGAGAUAUACAAAUGUUGUACGACAAGUGGUGGAAAAACGCAGGAGAUACUUGUCAACGUAAAAACAAUAACAAACAAUCAAAGGCGAAUGCACUUGGUCUGGAUAACAUUGGUCCGAGGGAACAACUUUACAGCAACACGGCGCAAAUCCAAAUCAUUAACUACAAUGUGCUGAUCGAAUCCGUAAGCAAUGUUCGAGUGCUCUGCCAGCUCUCUGAUGGUUAAUUCGCUGUUAUUGAUCAACUUUUCUUUCACUUUAUUGAUGACAUUUUUCUUAAGAGUAUCAUUACCGAAAUAAUUUCCCAACAUUUCUAAAGGUUUCGCACCAUGGAAUCAAUUUUUAACGCAAAAUUAAAGACGGAGUGCUUGUUGCAAGCUUAAAUCCCCUUUUAAAACUGGAAAGACUUGAAGACUUGCAGAGGUAGGUUUACUCAAGACGAUGGGGUUUUUAGAAAUGUCAAGCAAUAGUAAUACAAUUUUGGUAGGAAUAUUCAGAUGUGGCAACGUAACAAAAAACAGAAAGUUGACUUAGAGUUUCACCUGGUGGAUGCUCCGAGAACUCUUUGACCAAAGUGGUAUGUUCAAGACUGGUCUUGCAAUUUAAAUUAAAAAUUUUUACUCCAUGAAACCUUUUCUUACCGUAAUAAUAUCAUGACUUUUGUAGCCAUAUCUUAACAAUAUGUCUCGAGCCAGAUUCUGGCAAAAAUUUGAAUAUAUAAAAAAUAUUAUAUUUCCCACCGUUAACUACAUUGAAAUUUGUUAAUUAUAACACUCUUUUUCUUCGUAAUUGGCGCGAUAACCGCUUACGCGAUUUUGGCCGAGUUUAACAAAGCGCGCCAGUCGUUUCUUUCUUGUGCUAACCGGCACCAAGUGAAGCCAAGUCCUUCUCCACCUGAUCUUUCCAACGCAGAGGAGGCCUUCCUCUUCCUCUACUACCACCAGCUGGUAGCGCAUCGAACACUUUCAGAGCCGGAGCGUUUGUAUCCAUUCGGACGACAUAACCCAGCCAACGUAGCCGCUGGAUCUUUAUUCGCUGCGUUAUGUCUAUGUCGUCGUAAAGCUCAUCGAUCCAUCGCCUUCGAUAUUCGCCGUUGCCAACGUGCAAAGGUCCAAAAAUCUUACGCAGAAUCUUUCUCUCAAACACUCCAAGCGUCGCUUCAUCGGAUGUUGUCAUCAUCCACGCUUCCGCGUCAUGCGUUAGGACGGGCAUGAUGAGAGUCUUGUAGAGUGUUAGUUUUGUUCGUCGAGAGAGGACUUUACUACUCAAUUGCCUACUUAGUCCAAAGUAGCACCUGUUGGCAAGAGAGAUUCUACGUUGGAUUUCAAGGCUGGCAUUGUUAUCGGUGUUAAUGGUGGUUCCUAAAUAUACGAAGGCCCUUACAACCUCGAAAUCAUAACUGUCAACAGUGACGUGGGUGCCGAUACGCGAGUGCGCCGACUGUUUGUUUGACGACAGGAGGUACUUCGUUUUGUCCUCGUUUACCACCAGACCCAUUCGCUUUGCAUCUUUAUCCAGUUUGGAGAAGGUAGAACUAACAGCGCGGUUGUUAAGGCCGAUUAUAUCAAUAUCAUCGGCAUACGCCAA